AUGGCCGCUAAAUCUGAUGGGGUAUUGAAAAUUAGAAAGAGCGAUGUAGCGUUCACGCCUUUGCAGAAUUCGGACCACUCGGACUCAAUACAAGGACUCGUUCCAGGAUCGCAGCCGGAUUCGGGAACCGGGGAUGGGGAAUUCGUGAAUGGGGAAUCGCGGUGCUGUGGUUCUAAUUCGACAUGUCUUCGCCUUGGCAGAGAGCAGCAAACAAAAUACACGAUAUGGGACUGUCUAUGGAUUCUCGCUGCAGUGGUGGUGUAUUUCGCCGAUGUAGGCACCGACAUUUGGCUUUCUGUCGACUAUUACCUCCGUCGCGACUACUGGUGGUUCGGGCUCACGCUAUUUUUUGUUGUGCUAGGGUCGUUCUCCGUCCAAGUCUUUAGUUUCCGAUGGUUCGUCCACGAUUUCAGCACCGACGAGAGCUCCAAUGCCGCCGGUGCGGCAAACUGCUCAUCCCACAUGGACGGGAAGCUGCUGAGCGGUUCUGCUUCACAUGGAGAUGUGGGCGCCCAACCGUCCACACCUCAAAGACAGGCAUCCACCGCGAGCAAGAGCAACACCACAACCAACAGCAACAGCAACAGCAGCACCGCAACCCCGACGAAUAAGACAAGCUCGGCGUCCUGUUCAUUAUUCAUAUGGUCCGCGCAAUCCGUCACCCACAUCUUGCAGCUUGGACAGAUAUGGAGGUAUUUCCACGCCAUCUACCUGGGCAUCCGGAGCCGGCGCAGUGGGGACCAUGACCGCUGGAGAUUCUACUGGAGGAUGGUGUAUGAGUUUGCUGACGUCAGCAUGCUGCACCUCCUGGCCACCUUCCUGGAGAGCGCUCCUCAGCUGGUCCUGCAGCUCUGCAUCAUCAUCCAGACCCACAAACUGCAGGCCGUCCAAGGAAUGACAGCGGCUGCCUCCCUGGUGUCUCUGGCCUGGGCCUUGGCAUCCUAUCAGAAAGCCCUACGAGACUCCCGGGAUGAUAAGAAGCCAAUCAGCUACCUGGCCGUCAUCAUCCAGUUCUGCUGGCACUUCUUCACCAUUGCCGCCCGGGUCAUCACCUUCGCCCUGUUCGCCUCCGUGUUCCAGCUCUACUUUGGUAUCUUCAUCGUCCUCCACUGGUGCAUUAUGACCUUCUGGAUAGUCCACUGUGAGACCGAGUUCUGCAUCACCAAGUGGGAGGAGAUUGUCUUCGACAUGGUCGUGGGGAUCAUCUACAUCUUCAGUUGGUUUAAUGUGAAGGAGGGUCGUACUCGGUGUAGGCUCUUCAUCUACUACUUUGUGAUCCUGCUGGAGAACACUGCUCUGAGUGCCCUGUGGUACCUGUACCGCGUCCCUCAGAGCACCGACGCCUUCGCCGUCCCCGCCCUCUGUGUCAUCUUCAGCAGCUUCCUCACCGGCAUCGUCUUCAUGCUCAUGUACUACGCCUUCUUUCACCCCAAUGGGCCCCGAUUCGGACGCUCACCCAGCCUCGUGCUGGACGACCCCACGGCUGCCUUCAUGCUGCCUGCCGAGGGGGCCACCAACUCGCUGAGGUCCAACCGUGGUGCGCCUCUCAUCUCAGGGGACGGCACCAUUGGCAGGGACGGCAAAUACACAGAGAGGGACGGCUGCAUGCCCGUGUUUCAGGUGAGACCCACCGCCCCCUCCACGCCGUCCUCCCGUGCCCCACGCAUCGAGGAGACGGUCAUCAAAAUAGACCUGUGUCGGAACCGCUAUCCGGCCUGGGAAAGGCACGUAUUGGACAGGAGUAUACGCAAGGCCAUCCUGGCCAUCGACUGCUCCCCUACGCCGCCCAGACUCCAGUACAAAGAUGACACUACAGUUCAGGAGCGCCUGGAGUAUGAGACCACGUUGUAG